AUGGGUCAGAGCAAUCAAUGCAUGAUCAUCGAGGAUGAGCAGAACUUGACCAUGAAUAUGAGCCAGUGCUAUCACAUCGCGGAAGACUCUGUGGUGCAAUCACACCAGGCGGUAGACAUCCCGGUGAACGAGAAGGAGAACGGGAAGGACGAGAUGUUUGACAACCCUCUCAUUCCGAACUGCGACAUCACGACCAUCCCAAGAGCUUUACUUCCGGACCGACUGGGAGGUCUCAACGACCAGGAAUGUGCAGAUGUCCUCCUGGCGCAGGCGGCCAUGCGCGGCGAGCUGAAGGAUGUCCAGCGCGCGCUCCGUGACGGGGCGCGCGUGGACACCCGGGCCGAACUCUGCAUCGCCAUGGGUGACGCCAACGCCAGCAUGCCGAGGAAACUGACGCCCCUGAUGCGCGCCUGCGCUUGUGGACACGCGGAGGUCGUCAUUUGCCUGCUCGAAGCCAAGGCCAGCCUCUGGCGCGUGGACAGCCAUGGGUGGACGCCCCUCUGCCACGCACUGGCGAAUUGCGAGCUGUCCCUUGCCCGCCACCUCCUUGCCGAAGCGGGGCCUCAUCGCGACAGGCAGCUCAAGAUGAUGACGGCGAAGCGCGACGAGGCGCAUGAUUGCUACCUGCGCAUGGACCUCUGCCUGGCAGACGUCAUGGAGGCCUUCAGGUCCGCCUUCUUCUCGAAGCUCCGCGUCGACCCGCUGCAGUACGUUACCCUGCCAAGCGCCACUUACGACGCGAUGCUCAAGUUUUGCCUGAGCCAUAGGCCCGCGCACCUCAUCUCGGACCACGACAUUUACAAUGCGGCCGCAUGGGUGGCCAUUAACCGAAAGUAA